AUGCCCAAUUAUGCGGAGUUCAUGAAGGAUUUACUCUCUAGAAAGCACAAGUUGAAGGAGUGCGAAACAGUUACUUUAACUGAGGAGUGUAGUGCAAUAAUUCACAAAAAGCUUCCUCCUAAGCUCAAAGAUCCGGGCAGCUUUAGCAUCCCUAUAGCUAUUGGGAACAUUGAAGGGGGUAAGGCACUGUGUGAUCUUGGAGCUAGUAUAAAUCUGAUGUCUUUCUCUAUGUGUAAAGCUAUGGGAAUUCAUGAGUUAAAGCCGACUACUGUCUCUCUACAGUUGGUCGAUAGAUCGAUCAGAAGGCCAGACGGAGUGAUAGAAGAUGUGUUGUUCAAGAUUGACAAGUUUAUCUUCCCUACAGAUUUUAUAAUUCUGAAUAUGGAAGAAGAUGCAGAAAUUCCUCUACUUCUUGGGAGACCAUUCCUAGCCACCACAAGAGCAAUGAUCGAUGUGGAGCAAGGGAAACUGAUGCUGAGGAUGAAUGAAGAGACAGUCACCAUUGAUGUCUUCGAGUCAAUGAAGCAUCCAUCUGAUGGAGGAGACUGUUUCAUGGUUGAUAUAAUUCAAGAAGCAGUUGAUGACACGAUGAAAGAAGAGAGUUCUCCACUUGAGUUAGAGUAA